AUGCAAUCGAUCUUUGCUGGUGCCAAAUUAGCUGGCUGGCUCGAUGAAAAAAGAAAUGUUCGUAUCGAUCAUGUUGGCUUUGGUGUUGUACUCGGUGAAGAUAGAAAAAAAUUUAAAUGUCGAUCUGGUGAAUCGGUUCGACUUCGUGAUUUAUUAGAUGAAGGUUUACAACGUUCGUCAGCAAAAUUAAAAGAAAUUGUUGUUAAAGAAAAACAACGUAAUCAAAUAUUAACUGCGGAUGAACUUAAUAAAGCACAAAAAUCUAUUGCUUACGGUUGUAUUAAAUAUGCCGAUUUAUCUCAUAAUCGUACAGGUGAUUAUGAAUUUUCCUUUGAUAAGAUGUUAGAAGUACGAGGAAAUACAGCGGUGUACCUGUUAUCGCUUGCACGUUGUGCUGGAAUUAAUAAUGAAACACUAAAACAAAAAGCAAGUGAACUUGAUCUAAAUUUUGAAAAUGAUCAACGUGAAAACAAAUUAGCUAGAUGUAUCGUGAAAUAUUCUGAUGUCUAUGUACGAGUAUUGGAUGAUUUAUUGAUGCAUUCAUUAUGUGAAUAUAUGUAUCAACUAGCAACAACAUUUACUGAAUUUUAUGAUAAUUGUUAUUGUAUAGAAAAGGAUAAAAUUACUGGAGAAACAAUAAUUCAUUAUAAACGAAUUUUACUUUGUGAGGCCACUGGAAGUGUUUUGAAUCAAUGUUUCAAAAUACUUGGCAUUCACCCAUUAGAACGAAUGUAA